CACAUUUAUGUCGCCGAAAUACGCACUCGCGAUCCGUUUACCUGUGGGUUCAGUAGAAAAACAAAACCAUGGCUUCGAACCUGCGCUGCGGCUUACAAGAUAUAAACAGGAGUGUGCGACAUGUCAGAAAACACCUGGUUCAAAAUGGAGUUAGUCGUAAACCGUUCUCUAGUGUGAAGAAGAACGAACUUGAACUUAGAGAUUCCACUUUAGCUUCCCCCGACUUUAACGAAUCUGCGAAAACCUUGACAAGACAGGAGAAGCUAAGAGUGCACAACAUUCCCUUUUCAUCGUUCUUGACGGACAACUUUGGCCGGAGACACAAUUACUUGCGCAUCUCCCUGACUGAGAAAUGCAACCUCCGCUGUCAGUACUGCAUGCCAGAGGAGGGUGUGACGCUUACACCACGAGGCCAGCUUCUGUCCACAACAGAAAUUUUGACCCUAGCUCGCCUCUUUGUGAAAGAGGGUGUGGAGAAGAUUCGUCUCACUGGAGGAGAGCCUCUCAUCAGACCUGAUGUGCUGGAUAUCAUUGCUGAAUUGAAGAAGUUGGAGGGUCUGAAGACCAUCGCGGUGACAACAAAUGGCAUGAACCUGGCAAGAUUUCUCCCUCUACUCAAAGAUGCAGGCCUUGACCUGAUCAACAUCAGUUUGGAUUCUCUGGUACCUGCCAAGUUUGAGUUCAUUGUCAGGCGAAAAGGGUUCCACAAGGUUAUGGAAGGCAUUGAUAAGGCCAUUGAAAUGGGCUACAACCCAGUCAAGGUCAACUGUGUGGUCAUGCGAGGCCUCAAUGAAGACGAACUGCUUGAUUUCGUAGGUCUGACAGAGAAGAAGCCCCUGGAAGUGCGCUUCAUUGAAUACAUGCCAUUUGAUGGCAACAAAUGGAACUUUAAGAAGAUGGUGAGCUACCAGGAGAUGUUGGAUCACAUCAAGCAGCAGUGGCCUGACCUGGAAACGCUUCAAACUGGACACUCAGACACAGCCAAGAUCUUUAAAGUGCCAGGUUUCAAAGGGCAGGUCGGCUUCAUCACCUCCAUGUCUGACCAUUUCUGUGGCUCAUGUAACCGCUUACGCAUCACCGCAGACGGCAACCUCAAGGUGUGUUUGUUCGGUAAUUCUGAGGUGUCCCUCCGCGAUGUGUUACGCUCCGGAGCGUCAGAUGAAGAGCUGCUGCAAAUAAUCGGCGCUGCUGUGGGCAGAAAGAAGAAACAACAUGCAGGCAUGUUCACUAUCUCCCAAAUGAAGAACAGACCUAUGAUCCUCAUCGGCAGCACUUCCCAAACACCUUCAUCAAAAGGCAUCUUGAAGUGUUUCCACAUUGUCAUUCAGCAUGUUAAAAAAAUAUCUCCUCAUAUGUGCCAUUCAGGUGGAAACAGAGUCCUUAAUGGCGUGAGUCUUAUGUGCCUUCUCGACCACACUGCUUCAACACUGGCAGACCGUGACUGCUGCACUACAAACAUAAUGAGUGGCAACUCCUAUCUCGGUGAAAAGAAACAGACGGAACCCUUUAUCAAUGUACAACACCACUUGUCUGACUUUAAUGGUUGUCAAACUGCAUCCCCUUAUUGCACCAACACUGUGACUAACAACCCCCUAACAAAUGAUAGUCGCUUACCCAGACACUUACGAAUAAUGAAGGCCAAAGUCAACUGUACACAACAUAGUGUGAGACAAUGUCACAAUAACAUUUCUAGCCAAGACCCCCGCAUCUCACAGAGCGGCAGCCCUCACCUCGAUGGUACCCCAGAAGCCCAGCUGACACACACAGACGCUCAAGGCCGAGCAAGCAUGGUGGAUGUUAGCGGUAAAGCCCCGACGCGCCGAGUAGCCAAGGCUCGCGCCACCGUGCUUUUGAGCCCUGUUGCCUUUGGGCUGCUGCGAGACAACCAGCUGGUCAAGGGCGACGCCUUGGCGGUGGCCCAGUUGGCCGGCAUCAUGGGCUCCAAACAGACCUCGGCCCUCCUUCCGCUCUGUCACCCGCUCCCUUUAGACCACACCUCAGUCGCCCUGGACCUGGACGAGCAGCGCGGCGCCGUGGUCGUCACGGCGACGUGUCGCACCACCGGCAGGACGGGUGUCGAAAUGGAGGCUUUGACUGCUGUUUCCACAGCAGCUCUGACCGUUUAUGACAUGUGUAAGGCUGUGAGCCAUGACAUCAUCAUUACUGACAUAAAACUACUUAGUAAGACUGGGGGGAAGAAAGACUUUCUACGAGCGUCACCCUGAAUUAACAUGUUGCACACAAUACCUCCACUGCACUAAUUGCAGUCUUUGCAAAAAGACAUAACCACGUUCUGUGAGAUUGGUUCCUUUGAGGCUUCCCAUUAGCAAGCUACUAGUUGAAAGUAGCCUCUUAACUCACUGGACUUCAUUUUCUCUAUAUAAGAGCCCUAUUGCUUUUAAGAAGGAGGGAAGGAAUUAAACAUUGUUCAGUUGUCAAGGUAGCACACUACACGUUUGUCACAAUAGAUUUGGAAUAACAUCCAAACUGUUGAAAGGUCAUAUUGAUGUCUUUGUCGACAUUUUGAGACUUGCAGUUUUCUACCAGUUGUGCCAGCUGUUAAUGAUUAUUAGCUUUGUUGGAACUACACAGUGCCAUACUUAAAAAGAAGUUUUCACGAUACCUACGCCUUAUAUUGUUUGUCAAAUAUAUGUAAUUACAUUAAAUUUCUCAACCCGAAUACUGUACAAUAGUGUUGUUGUCUUAUUUGACUGUCUACAGGAGAGCAGUCAAAAUAUUCGAAACCUACAACUACAAACCGGUUAAAUUGUUGUUGUAUUGGAGUUAAUCAGAUUGCGGAUGAAGUGCCUCAUGCUGUGGCUAAUGACAGACACUAGGACAAAAAUCACCACGGUGACGUCUCAAGGACUUAUGGACUUAGGACUUACCGCUCACUGGAGAGUUGGGAGCACUUUCUGCUGGCCCUCUUAGUCACAAUGCAGCUUAAAAUGUGUUGCUCUCCUCCGAGAGACCACUGGGGGGCGACAAAUGCUCCCACAGAUUGGUUGUUUUCUUUACUGCUGAUCAGUCAUCACUGCAGGGAUGACGGUUGCCUCCAACCCUGCUAUUGAGAUUGGGAAGCGCACUUUAACACCUCUCUUACGAAAGCACUUUGUGGCAUAAUCGCUACGUAUUUUUGCCCAUCUCUGCAUGGAGUAUGAGAAAGCAAAAUAAAAAAUACAAAUCCAAGUUUGAAAUUGUUUAUUAUGAUU